AUGUUUAAAGGACACGAACUAGUCGACGCAGCACUCGAUGAGCUUCGAAAAAUCCCCCAACAGCACCGAAGAGGUCGAGAGGCGCCUGGAAUAUUCAGCUCGGCUCUGCGCCUGCUUCUCAGGACCAUCCCAACCGGGCCCGUCACUGCGCCAUCGCAGUCAAAGACGACGACGCUCAGCGGUCCGCUGGUGAACGCGGUAGAAUACCUCGAGCAGGCUGCGCAGCAGAACAACUCUGAUGCGCUUUACAUCCUCGCCGACUUCAACUUCUUCGGCAACUACAGCCACCCCAGAGACCUUGGUGCUGCCUUCAAGUACUACCGACAACUAGCAUCGAGCCAUGGAAAUACCACGGCGCAGUACAUGCUUGGCGUGUACUACUCGACAGGCAUUGGCGAUGUCGUGCCCCGGGACCAAGGCAAAGCGCUCCUCUACUACACCUUUGCUGCCGUUCGAGGAGACACCAGAGCCGAAAUGGCCACGGGCUUCCGCCAUCUUGCAGGCAUCGGAACAACCAAGAGUUGCGAAAGUGCUGUCAAGUACUACAAGCGCGUGGCAGACAAGGCCAUCGAGUGGUACCGCUCGGGUCCUCCAGGAGGCAUGUCGUGGGUAUCUCAGUCAUGGCGCAUUGCAGACGAUGACGGGGGAUUGUAUGGAGAAGGUGCAAGUGCUUCAAGCGCCGGCAUGAAUGCUUUCAAACCAAGCCCCAACUCGGAUGCCAAUGCCGCUAUCGGCGAUGUCAUUGAGUAUCUGGAUUUGAUGUCUCAAAAGGGCGAUUCCAAAGCGUCAUUCAACCUGGGUCGCAUCUAUUACGAGGGCCAGCGAGGACUGGACCACGACUACGAGCUCGCCAGGAAGUAUUUUUUACUGGUGGCAUCCAGGUACUGGAAGAAUGGACGCAUCGUGGACAAUGCUAAACCAGGCAUUGAGAAGCUGGCCGGUAAGGCCGCCGGCUACCUCGGCCGCAUGUAUCUCAGGGGAGACGGCGUGCCUCAGAACUUUGACAGGGCAAAAAUAUGGUUUGAGCGUGGUGAUUCGCAGGCUGACGCACUGUCACGAUAUGGUCUGGGCCUCAUGUAUCUGCACGGCUACGGCGUCAAGGAGAAUGUCGUCAGAGCCGUGGAGCUCUUCAGGGUAUCGGCCGACCACGACUAUGCCCCGGCGCAAGUCCAGAUGGGACAGCUGUACCUCGACCAAGGCGGGACCGAGGAUGUUCGCAUAGCUAACAACUACUUUGAGCUGGCGGCCCGAUAUGGCAAUAUUGAGGCGAACUACUAUCUGGCGGAGCUGGUUUUUCACGGCUUGGGUCGCGAGAAGCUCUGUAGCAUGGCGCUGAGCUACUACAAGAGUGUGGCCGAGAAGGCAGAGCCCCUUGUCUCGUCUUGGGCAGACGCAAACGACGCAUACGAGGCUGGGGAUCACGACCUGGCGUUCCUCCAUUACCUCUUGGCGGCCGAGCAAGGAUACGAGAAGGCGCAGACCAAUGUCGCGUAUCUCCUUGACACACUCCGAUCCAAACUACCCUUCUAUGAGAUGAUGCGAAAACGAAGGGAUAGAUCUGGGCUUCUCGAUAAUCCUACACUGGCCCUGAUUCACUGGACGCGAUCAUCGAGGCAGGCAAACGUUGACGCGCUUGUGAAGAUGGGCGAUUACUACUUCUACGGUGUCGGCGCAGAACGAGAUGUUAGCAAGGCGGUUCAGUGCUAUACUGGCGCUUCCGACUAUUCGCAAAGCGCCCAAGCACUCUUCAACCUGGGCUGGAUGCAUGAAAACGGCAUCGGACUGACACAGGACUUCCACCUCGCCAAGAGAUACUACGAUCACGCCUUGGCCGUCAAUGAUGAGGCGUACUUGCCCGUCACCCUAGGACUGCUCAAACUUCGCGUGCGAAGCGCUUGGAACACACUGACAAAUGGAUCAGUUCACUCUAUCCAAGACGAGCCGAAGAAGAAGAAGGACUGGUCCCUCUCAGAGUGGAUAGCCAAUUUCCUGGAAGACGAUGGAAUGAUGUACGAGGAUGAAUACUAUGAUGAUUACUACGAUGAGACCAUUGGAAACGAGGGCGAGGAUGCCUUGGAUGGAGUGGUCGAGAGCGCUCUUAUUAUAGGAAUUACGGCGGCCCUGGUGCUGCUCCUGUGGUGGAGGCAGAGGAUGCAGCAGCAACAGCACGCCCAGAACGAAGAAGGGGCGCGUCAAAACCAGAGGCAGCCGCAGGGCAACGCCGUCAACCCCGAAGACGCGUUUCCCGCGUGGGCAGGGGGAGGGAUGGGUUUAUAG